CUCCGUCUCCGCCGCCCCGCGACCAUCUCUCAGUUAACUCGCCAAAUCAGAGCUCGCGACCCGAGACCAGCCACCGCGCACCUCCAGUCAUUCGCCUUUACCAGACGCGCCCCGGCUUUGUCGCAAAAGCCAGACACGCCAGAUCGCGCCCGACUUGAACCGCCUCUACUUCCCUCACGCACAUAUUCUUCAGGCAGGCCGAAACCAAAUACGCUCGCAGCAGCCCGUCUACGCAGUCCUCGCGGCGCAAAUCAGACAAGAUGCCUGACGUCAAGCGAUGGGUCAAGCUCAUCACCCACCAGAAGCCCAUCGCGGAGCCUUCGCCCGUUGAGGGAUACCCCAUGCGAUCAUGGAGCAUAGAGGUUUGGCUGCUGGAUGACCAGGGCAACGAGGUCAUGCCCAGCGUCUUCGAGAAGGCCGUCUACAACCUGCAUCCGUCAUUCGAGAAGAACAAGCACAUCAUCAAGAAGCCGCCGUUCCGCAUCGAUGAGAAAGGUUGGGGUGAGUUCGACAUGACCAUCGUCUUGUCCGCUAUUGGCAAGGGCGGCGACCACACCCUCGAGCAUGACCUCAACUUCCAGGCGGAGCGUUAUGAGGCCAAGCACCAAGUCACUUUCCGCAACCCCAAGCCUGAGCUCCUCGCUCUCCUCGCAGAGUCUGGCCCCGCCGAGGCCAACGGCAUGCGCAACAAGGACGCCGCCAAGAAGAAGGGCCGGAGGGACAAGAACGUAGACAUGGAGAAGCUGGCCGAUGGACUGCAGAAGCUAGGCGAGGAUGACCUACUGCACGUGGUCACCCUGGUCCACGAUAACAAGACCAGUGAGACGUACACUAAGAACGACGUCGAGAAUGGCGAGUUCCACGUCGACCUCUACACCCUCCCCGAUUCCCUCGUCAAGAUGCUCUGGGACUUCACGGCCUCGAAAGUCGAAUUAUAGGUUGUUUCCGCGAUCAGAGGUUCUAUCUAGUGUCGAUUCGACCCUGACCGACCAACACACGACAUCUCGUUUGCACGUCCACGA